GGGUGGGCGGAGGGAGGCUGUGGGGAGAUCGCAGCACCCAGCGCCAAGCGCAGCGCAGCACCGCGACAGACCGCAGGAGCACCCAUCGACGGGCGCAGCAAGAGUGAGCGGAGCAGAGAGGCGUGCUCUAAGCCGAGAACAGAGCCGGGCGGCAUCCCCCGGCCGUUGAACGCUCAGGCCAGCGCCCUCCCUGGGUCCCUGCUCCCCACUGCGCCCCUCCGGUCAGCAUGAGGCUCCUGGCGGCUGCGCUGCUCCUGCUGCUCCUGGCGCUGUGCGCCUCGCGCGUGGACGGGUCCAAGUGUAAGUGUUCCCGGAAGGGGCCCAAGAUUCGCUACAGCGACGUGAAGAAGCUGGAAAUGAAGCCAAAGUACCCACAUUGCGAGGAGAAGAUGGUUAUCAUCACCACCAAGAGCAUGUCCAGGUACAGGGGCCAGGAGCACUGCCUGCACCCUAAGCUGCAGAGCACCAAACGCUUCAUCAAAUGGUACAACGCCUGGAACGAGAAGCGCAGGGUCUACGAAGAAUAGGGUGAACAGUCUCGGGAAGAAAAACUCCAGGCCAGUGAGAGACUUCAGCAGAGGACUUUGCAGAUUAAAAUAAAAGCCCUUUCUUUCUCACAA